AUGGUAAGUACCCCAAACGUUAAGAGUUUAACCCAAGAGUUGCUCAUCGAUCCAUACAAGAGAUUGAAAUGGGGGUUUAUACCUGUUAGAAGAAUAGUCGAGGACGACGAGGAAGAUGUUCCGGAAAUAGCCAAUACAGCAGAAUCAGAUGCUGGUCUUUCUGUGACUACUGGAUCGGAGCUUGUAGAGUCUGGAAAGAAAUCAUCUCAAUCGGAUACAUUCGAGGUAACAUCCGAUGAUGAUACUGAAUACGAGUACAGAGACGAAGCUAACAGGAAAUGGUGGAAGUUUUUCGAUGAACAAGAGUACCGUAUUAACAAGAAACAAAAUGACAACUGGAAGUGGUACAACUGGUUUGCUCCAGAUAUGUCUACACAGGAAAAGAAAUUAUUGCUCAAGUUGGACGUUCUUUUGGCAUUUUACUCCAUGAUUGCAUACUGGGUUAAAUAUUUGGACACCGUUAAUUUGAAUAACGCUUACGUUUCAGGUAUGAAGGAAGAAAUUGGAUUCAAAGGUAACGAUUUGGUGAAUACUCAAGUUAUGUACACGGUUGGUAACAUUAUCUUCCAAAUCCCUUUCAUCUUUAUCUUGAACAAAGUGCCAUUGAACUACGUAUUGCCGGGCCUAGAUAUUUGUUGGUCAUUGUUAACUUUAGGUGCAGCUUACGUUGAUACUGUGCCACAUUUAAAGGCUAUCAGAUUCUUCAUUGGUGCUUUUGAAGCCCCAUCUUAUUUGGCUUACCAAUACUUGUUCGGUUGUUUCUACAAACACGAUGAAAUGGUCAGACGUUCAGCAUUCUAUUAUUUUGGUCAGUACGCUGGUGUUCUCUCUUCUGGUGGUAUCAUUUCUGCCGUUCAUGCUACCAUGAAUGGAUUGCAUGGUAAAUCCGGUUGGAGAUGGAAUUUCAUCAUCGAUGCGGUUAUCUCAGUCGCCGUUGGUCUAUUGGGUUUCUAUAUGCUACCUGGUGAUCCAUACAACUGUUACUCCAUAUUUUUAACCGAUGAUGAGAUCAGAUUGGCCAGAAAGAGAUUAAGAGAAAACAACACUGAAAAGUCUGAUUUCCAUAACAAAUUCUUCGACAAGGAAGUCUGGAAGAGAAUCAUCUUCGACUGGAAAAUUUAUGUUCUAACCCUAUGGAACAUCUUCUGCUGGAACAAUAACAACGGUUCUUCCGGUGCCUUUUUAUUGUGGUUAAAUUCAUUGAAAAAUAGCGAUGGCUCAACUAGAUUAUCUAUCGAAAAGAAGAAUCAAUUCUCAAUGAUUACUCCAGGUCUAGGUAUGGUUUACUUAUUUUUGACAUCAUUAUUAGCCGAUAAAGGUCAUACCAGAUGGGGUGCUAUCAUUGUAACCCAAGUGUUUAAUUUCAUCGGAAAUGUGAUUCUUGCUGCUUGGAACGUACCAGAAGGUGCGAAAUGGUUCGCAUUCAUGUUACAAUACUUUGGUUGGGCUAUGGCCCCUGUUUUAUACUCGUGGCAAAACGAUAUUUGUCGUCGUGAUGCUCAAGCAAGAGCUGUUAUCUUGGUUGUGAUGAAUAUGCUUGCACAAACAUCAACAGCGUGGAUCUCAGUGCUUGUAUGGAAGACUGUCGAGGCUCCAAGGUAUCUAAAGGGUUUUACUUGGACCGCUGUAGCAGCCUUCUGUUUAUCUGCAUGGACCUUCGUUGUGUUGUACUUCUACAAACGUGAUGAAAGAAGAAAUGCUAAAGCGAACGGUAUUAUCCUUUACAACUCCAAGACUGGUGAGAACUAUCCUCCAAAGAAGGACGAAAAGGAAGAAACAGAUGCUUAA